CUUCGAUAACGAUUGCCGAUAACAGUUGUUUAUGUUGUAGCACAGUCGGACCAAAAAAUUUAGCACAGUUUUUAUAAUGUUUUUAAGACAUUUACGAAACAUACGAUUACAUGGAUUUUCUCGGCGCUGGGCCAGCAGCUCAUCUGAUCCACUCAGUAUUCGGAAUGAGAAGCUUCAAUCAUAUCUGGAGAGCCUGCGUCAAGAAUAUUACGCUUUGCGGGUGAAUGCAGCCGGCAAUAGCAAAUCCUACGCACGCCUCUCGCAACUGGAGGGCGUUGUUAAUGCCCUCGAGCAGAGACGGGUCCUGGAGCGUAAUCUAACCAGUCAGAAGGACCUGGAGCAGGAGAAGGAUGAGGACAUGAGACAACUAAUGGAGGAGGAGAACCAAGUCUAUACGGAUCUGUUGGCCAAACAGGAACAAACCAUGUUGCAGGAACUAUUGACUCUUGCCGAUGAUGAAGUUUAUCCAUCGCUUUUGUUUGGAGUCAAUUCCGGAGCUGGUGGCCAGGAAGCCAUGCUGUUUGCCCAGGAACUGUACGAAAUGUACACAAGCUAUUUCGAGCACAUGGACUGGGACUAUGAGGAAUUUGCUCGAGAAACCACUGAUAUAGGUGGUCUGAGACAUGCAAACAUAUUAAUUAAUGAUCAGGAUGCCUACAAUUGGCUACGCUACGAGGCAGGAGUGCAUCGAGUUCAGCGGGUGCCGGCUACAGAGAAAUCCGGUAGAAUACACACAAGCACAGCAUCGAUCACUGUGAUACCGAAGCCAGCGGAUGUCCAAGUUCAUACAGCGGAGAAGGAUCUGCGCAUUGAGACGAAACGUGCAAGCGGGGCCGGGGGACAGCAUGUGAAUACCACAGAUUCUGCUGUAAGAAUAGUCCAUUUGCCAACUGGCCUGGCUGUGGAGGCGCAAUCGGAACGAUCGCAACUUAAAAAUCGUGAAGUCGCCUUGAAGCGUCUCCAGGCCCGCUUGGUGCAACAGCAAUUGGAGAGCUCUGAGGCCACUCACUUGGCAACCAAAAAAGCCCAGCAAGGCAGCCUUAAUCGUAAUGAAAAGAUACGCACCUACAAUUUUGUUCAGGAUCGAAUCACAGAUCAUAGGAUACAAAAUGGCACGUUGCAUAAUCUAAAUGGAUUUCUGCAGGGUGGCGAGCAACUGAGUGGACUGAUUGAAAAGCUACAGUUGGAGCAACGUAAGGCACGUCUAGUGGAGAUGCUAGAGGCAUGGCAACCACCAAAAGAGGAUGUAGCUAAUAGCCAAAAGAGUUAGUCAAUAUAUUUUAAACCCUAGCGAGUUGUUAUAAUAAAUUUAAUAUGUUGUUGAA